AUGCUUUGCCGGAAAAACUCAAGCUUUGUGGAUAGAGGAAAUGUGCCGGUUUAUCUCAAUGUCUACGAUCUAACUCCCAUCAAUGGCUACGCUUACUGGCUUGGUCUUGGCGUUUACCAUUCUGGUGUUGAAGUUCAUGGUAUAGAGUAUGCGUUUGGAGCUCAUGAGUAUCCAAGUACCGGGAUUUUCGAAGGUGAACCGAAGCAAUGCGAAGGAUUCACGUUUAGGAAAUCGAUUCUGAUUGGUAAAACGGAUCUUGGUCCACUUGAAGUGAGAGCUACAAUGGAGCAACUUUCAGAGAACUACAAGGGAAGCUCUUACAAUCUCAUCACCAAGAACUGCAACCACUUCUGCGACGAAACCUGUAUCAAGCUAACCGGGAAUCCAAUUCCUAGUUGGGUUAACCGGCUUGCAAGAAUCGGUAAAAUCUCUGGAUUCAUGUGCAAUUGUGUGCUUCCUGCGACGAUAAACGCGACCAGGCUUGGAAACAACAGAGUCAAUCACCAAGACAAAUCAUGUGAAGGAGAAGAGACUGAGAAGAAGAAAUUGACGAGUGAAUCAAGCAGAGAGGGGUCUACGAUGGCUACUACUACUUCGUCGUCGUCUUCAUCUCCUUCAGUUCAAGUUCGUGGUCGAAGCAGGAAAAGGCGUCCUCGUAAUACGCAGCCUUCAUCACCAUUGAUUAUCUGA